AUGGCCGAUCACCAAACAGGUUCAUCAACGUCGGCCUUUGUGUCAUCGCUUAUAUUUAACUUGAUUAUCUUUGCAAUAUUUAUUGCAGUUUUCAUCUUUUUAAAAAACAGAAAAUACGAUGUUUACAGCCCACGAUCAAUCAAUCGCCUAUUGCCUGAUCAUUUGAAGGCCCCACCACUUUCAAACUCGGCAUUUGGGUGGCUACCAGACCUUCUCUCCAAACCCUCUAGUUUUAUCAUUCAGCAAGCAGGCAUUGAUGGCUAUUUUUUUCUUAGAUACAUGUGGUUGUGGGCGAAAAUCGGCUUUAUUUCCGGGUUGAUUAUUUGGCCUAUUUUGUUUUCUGUUAAUGCUACAGGUGGAGGCCACAAAACCGGAUUCGAUAUAAUUUCCUACUCUAACAAUAUCCAUAAAUGGAGAGUUUUUGCCAACUUGUUUUGUUCCUGGUUCUUCUUUGGAUUUGUUGUUUACACGAUUUAUUCGGAGUUGGUCUAUUACACUGGAUUCAGACACAACCUCGAAUGUACACCUUUCUACAAGAGUUUGCCAAGCAGCAAGGUGUUGUUGAUUGAUAAUGUCCCUGAAGAAAUCCUCAACGAUAGUUCAUUACGCCAGCUUUUUCCAGCAGUGAAAAGGAUUGCAAUCACCCGUAACACCAAGGAAGCUAGUGAGAUUUACGAAAAGAGAACUAAACUAGUCGGCAAACUUGAAGGAGCAUUCGUUAAAGUUAUGAGUAAAUGUGUCAAAAUCAAAUACAAGUUGGAUAAAAAAGCAGCAAAAGGGAAGGAUGUUGAAUACCCAACACCGUCAUAUAAAGUUGAAAGUUAUAUCAAGGAAAAAAAACUACCAACUUAUAGAUACAAGCCAAUUAUUGGUGAGAAGAAACACGUUUUCAAUGAAGGUAUUGAAGAACUAAAGGAGUUCAACGAUUCACUGGAUGCUUACCAAGAAAAAGUUCUCUCUGGUUUGAACGAGCUGGAAAAAGUCGGUAGUGUUUUCUUAGAGUUUCCAACUUCUUUAGAAUUGCAAAGGGCAUACCAAGCUAUCGAUAGCUCUGAUAAAUUUAAAAGAUCCAGAAAAUUUCAGAGUUUCUUCCCCAAAGAGGUUAUCUGGAACAAUGUAGGAACAGGCUUUACCGUUAGAAAGUCAAAGAAAACAGGUGCUGUGACAUUUUUGACUGCUAUGAUUAUAUUCUGGGCAAUACCUGUUGCAGUUGUUGGUUGUAUCUCAAACAUUAAUUACUUGACAGAGAAGGUCCCAUUCUUGAGGUUCAUCAAUAAUAUGCCUUCCGUUUUGAUGGGUAUAAUCACCGGUAUCUUACCAUCUGUUUUAUUAUCUAUUUUGAUGUCCUUGGUUCCUCCUAUUAUCAAAUGGAUGGGUAAAAUUGGUGGUUGCAUGACUGAACAGCAAUUGGAUCAGUGGACUCAACAAUGGUACUUUGCCUUUCAGGUGAUCCAAGUCUUUCUUGUUACUACUUGCACCUCUGCAGCUUCAUCAGUUGUUACUUCGAUUAUUGACAAUCCAUCUAGUGCAAUGCAACUAUUGGCUAACAACUUACCACCGGCUUCCAACUUCUAUAUCUCAUAUUUGCUACUCCAAGGUUUGUCAGUUUCUUCUGGUAUUCUAGCUCAAGUUGUGGGGCUAGUUCUAUCUUACGUGAUUGGUCGGAUACUUGACACCACUCCAAGACAAAAAUGGAACCGGGAGGUAUCGUUAUCGGCACCUUCUUGGGGAACUAUGUAUGCUACAUUCGGGUUAUUCACCGUGAUCAUGCUAUGUUACGCAAUCAUUGCACCUAUUAUCAUUGCAUUUACAUCCAUUGCAUUCAUUUUGAUUGUGAUUGCUCAGAUGUAUACUUUCAUUUAUGUCUCUGGCCAUGCUACCGACAAUAGAGGUAGAAACUAUCCACUGGCAUUGUUUGAAACCUUUGUUGGUAUAUACUUGGGUGAGUUAUCGCUUGUUGCACUUUUCGUAAUGCAAAAGAAUUGGGCAUGUGUGGUGUUGGAGGCAGUCUGGGUGGCAUUGACAGUUGCUGCACAUCUAUACUUCAGGUACUUGUUCGAACCCGUUUUGGACACGGUUCCAAUUGGUGCAAUUGAAGGGUACUACCCUGUAGAAGAUAUGGGUAGAAAGCAAGUCAAAGAGGUUGGAGAGAAAUUUUUUGUUGAAGACACGCUCAAUGUGGAUCCAUUUCCAGAAGCAGAGCCGAAUACUAUUCCAGUUGAUAAAAUGGAUGACUCAAGCACCGAUUCUUAUAACGGCGCCAAGGCUAGUCUUCGGGGAGCCACAUUGGAAAAUAAAGGUACCAAUUCAAGUCUCCAGGAUGAAAGCACCAUGAUAGCGGAUGUGCCUCCAUAUAAUACCAAGAGAUAUGACAACAAGAAAACCAGUGAACCUCUACCUGAACAAGAUGCCGCCAAUGUGAAGAACACAAUCGAGGAGUAUCUAGAUGGAGGGUAUCAGCAUGGUUGGAGGGAUACUAUCAACAAGUUCAUCCAUCCUAAACGGUAUGUCUCUUAUUCAAAUUUUGAAAAUGACAUGCCUGCGUUUUGGAGCAUGCCUAUUUCAAAAGUGCUUGUUGACGAUGUUGUAUAUGAACCACCCGAGAUUAGAGACAGGAAAAGAGCUGGUUUAUGGAUUGCCAAGGAUGAGUUAGGCCUCAGCGAGAAUUUGAUUGAUUUAUGUGCCCAGAACGGAGUUUUAUGCACCAACGCCGAUGCUAUCAUGAGCGAAAAGGGUAAAGUUGAGCUUGCCGAAGAUUCAUAUCCGCCAGAUUACGAGCCAACAAUUCUGUACUAG